AUAAACCACCGUACCCACGCGCUUCCAGAGCUUUGCCUCCCACCAAACCGGUGCAACUUGCGCAAACCAAGGCCAGAGUGAACCAUGUCUUCGUCUACCAAAGCGGCCCGCAUGGGCGAGGAAGUAUGGAAAACACGAGUCGAUAAGGUCAGCGCCGAGCUGGUCACCCUCACAUAUGGAACCAUUGUCGCCCAACUAUGCAAAGACUACGAAUACAACUACCCAGACGUCAACAAGCAACUGGAGCGCAUGGGGUACAAUAUCGGCAUACGGCUGAUUGAAGACUUUCUUGCCAAGUCGAGUGCGCCUGCUUGCACCAAUUUCCGAGAGGUGGCCGAGAUGAUCUCAAAGGUCGGCUUCAAGAUCUUCCUCAACAUCACCCCCACCAUCUCCAAUUGGUCUAGCGACAACAAGCAGUUCUCGCUCAUUUUUGAAGAGAACCCACUUGCCGACUUCGUCGAGUUACCCGAUGACGGCCGCGCGCAGGACGAACUGUGGUUCUCCAACAUACUAGUGGGCGUCCUGCGGGGCGCAUUGGAAAUGGUCCACAUGCAAGUCGAGGCGCACUUUGUCAGUGACGUCCUGCGAGGCAACGACACUACCGAGAUGAGGAUAUCGCUGGUCCGGUAUAUCGACGACGAAAUGCCACCGGAUGAUGAGUAGCGAGGGGGGCUCAGGCGCAAAAGAGUGCGCCAAGUCGCG